AUGGCGUACCCAGCCUUUCCUGCUGCAGUUGCUCGCAUGCCAGAUGAAUGUCUGUCCAAGGUCGAUGUGUAUAUCGAGUGCAAGAACCUGCUCAACAAAGAUGCCAUGUCAAAAUCUGACCCCUGUGCUGUCGUGUAUAUGUCAAGACAGGGAGGUCAUUUAGACGAGAUUGGCAGAACUGAAAAUGUGAAAAACUCAUUGGAUCCCAAGUUUGCCAAACCCAUCCGACUCAGCUAUUACUUUGAAGAGGUGCAGAAAGUGGUUGUGGCCAUCUAUGAUGUGGAUAACUCCACCCACAGUCUCAAUGACGACGACUUUCUCGGCCAGAUAGAGUGUACUCUUGGCCAGAUGGUCUCCAACAGUCCGUACGUCAAACCGCUGCUACGUAAGGAUGGCCAGAAGGCUGGGCUUGGACAGAUCACCAUACGUGUUGAGGAGGUGAAAGAGGGUGGAGAGGUGGCUCAGAUCAACUUCAAAGCCAAGAAAUUAGAAAAUAAGGACUUCAUGGGCAAGUCAGACCCUUACUUGGAGAUCCAGAAACCAACACUGGACGGAGGCUGGCAGGUCGUGCAUCGAACUGAGGUUGUGAAGAACAAUCUGAAUCCAAUCUGGCGAACCGUGGUGCUGCCAGUGCAGAGUCUGUGUGGGGGCAACAAGGAUCAACAGAUCAAGAUCGAUUGUAAUGACUGGGACGAUGAUGGCUCCCAUGAUUAUAUAGGUGGGUGUACAACAACCUUGAAUGAGAUGUUGAAGGCUUCAGCUGCUGAGCUGUCGUUCCCCUGUGUCAACCCUGGAAAGAAGGCCAAGAAGAAGGGCUACACUGACUCAGGCACCAUUAUAGUUUCAUCUUGCAAGCUUGUGAAAGAACACACAUUUUUGGAGUAUAUAUUUGGUGGAAUGCAGAUCAACUUCACAGUAGGCAUUGACUUUACAGCAUCCAAUGGAAAUCCAUCCCAACCAAACUCCCUCCAUUACAUAAAUCCACACUCACCCAAUGAGUACAUGCAAGCGAUCAUGGCUGUUGGCCAGGUGUGUCAGGAUUAUGACACGGACAAAAUGUUCCCAGCUCUAGGCUUUGGUGCUCGGAUACCUCCAUCCACCCAGGUGUUGCAUGAGUUUGCCAUCAACUUCAACGCACAGAACCCGUUUUGUGCAGGUAUCAGUGGUGUGCUGGCAGCGUACACAAACUGCAUCCAGCAUGUACAGUUGUACGGCCCCACAAACGUAGCUCCAAUUAUCAACCAUGUGGCCAGGUUUGCUCAGGCGGCUCAGCAGGAGGAGCCGACCAAAGGGGCACAUGCCUACUACGUGCUGCUACUGCUGACUGACGGGGUGCUCAGUGACAUGGCUGACACCAAACAUGCCAUCGUGCAGGCCAGCAAACUUCCCAUGUCCCUGAUCAUCGUCGGAGUCGGAGGGGCAGAUUUCACUGACAUGAAUGAGCUGGACGGAGAUAACGGUGUGUUAAGGUCCCCCUCUGGUGAAGCAGCCAACAGGGACAUUGUCCAGUUUGUGCCAUUCAGACAGUACAAGCAGAGCAGCCCAGCAGAACUGGCCCGUCAUGUCCUGGCAGAGAUCCCUCGACAGGUCACAGAUUAUUUCAAGAUGAGAGCCAUGCCGCCAAACCAGCUGCGGCCGGCACCAGCCGUUCCUCGUGUUGGCUAA